CGUGUUGCGGCUGUCCACGUCAAGCUCUGUCUGUGACAACACAGCACCGAGCUGAGAUGGCAGACCUAGUACUUUAUCUGAACCGGUAUAUACAUACACGAUAAAGACAACUGAUAUAAUAGACCGGAUAAUCUUCUCAUUAAUGUUACGCGGAUGAUCUGUUGUCGAAGUUUGUUUAGAUUCGUAAAUCCACGGGAUCAAUUUGACUGCAAGUGAGUGACACAUUCAGCUAGCAAGUCUACGUUAGCAUACCAGCUAACUAGCUGUCCGGCCAACUACUGUAGCUAGCUUGACAACCAGUUUCACUCUACCAAAUUGACAACUUCACAAAGGUGACAAAGCUAGUUUUAAGAAGUGCUGAAUUGUAUGAAGGUAGGGUCGAAGUUGAUCGCCACCGUACCAGCUAACUAGCUAGCCUAGCCAGUGUUGGGCCUUUUUGUUAUUGUUUCGCUAGCUUACUAGCUAACGUUAGUUAUUCUCAAAGAUGUCAUCGUGGCUGGGUGGACUGGGCUCCGGCCUGGGCCAGUCUCUCGGCCAGGUCGGGGGAAGCCUCUCCUCAUUCACCGGACAAAUAUCAACCUUCACCAAAGAUAUGCUUCUGGAAGGAGUUGAAGAAGUUGGAGAUGCUUCCACUGAGCUGCUGGUGUCCAGUUCUAAGCACGAGCAAGUGGAGGCUGAGUACGUGCGUUUAAAGAGGAUCCAUGCCGAGCUGGAGGAGAAGCUGGAGGCCUCAGAGAUCCAGAAUAAACAGCAGUCAGCUGAGUACAGGACCAUGAUGCAACAGAAAGAUGUGGAGAUCAGUCACCUGAAAGCCCGUCAGAGUGGACUACAGGAAGAGGUUCAGAAACUACAGCGCUCUGCUCAAUCAGCUACUUCCGACUCUGCCGUACUUCCUGUCACCACCGCCUCCUCCACCACCACCACCACCUCUUCCUCUUACAUGUCCCGCCCCCUGGGGGCCCCCCACCACCACCAGGGUUUCCAUGGCAGCGACGAGAUGGACUUCGGCGACGUGAUCUGGUCCCAGCAGGAGAUUAACCGUCUGUCUACGGAGGUGAUGAGGCUGGAGGCUGAGGUCUCCCAUUGGAGACGCUUGUCUCAGGCAUCCGUAGCCCCAGGGGCAGGGAACGGUGACCAGGGAGAAGUCCUGAAGCUUCAGAGGAUCAUCAAGGAGCUGCGUGAGGAGAUGGGUCGUGAGGUAGAUGAGCACCAGCAUGAGUUAGCAGCGCUGCAGGACGCUCAGAGACAGAAGAUGGCCGACGUCAUCCGGCGCCACCGGGACGAGCUGGCAGAGUACGAGGAGAGGAUAGAGGAGCUGGAGGAACAGAAACAGACUGGAGGAGAGGAGGAGGAACAGACUGGAGCUUCUAGUUCAGCCACAGCCAACGCUCUUCAGGAGUCCUCCAUGCUCUCAGACCUCCAGCACACUAUCCAGUCCCUGCAGGAGGCAGCGAAGGAGAGGCUGAACGAGAAGCAGGAUGAGCAGCUGAAGGAGCUGACAGCUAAUCUGGAGGAGGCAGGGAAGAGACAGGCCACGCUGCAGCAGGAGAAAGAGGAGGCGCAGGCAGAGAACGCUGAGCUGCUGCAGAACUACACUCGGCUGCAGACGUCUGUCACAGAGCUCCAGUCACGUGUCCAGGAACAGGAGGGGAAAGCCCGGAACAAGGCUCAGCUAGACCAGGAGAUACAGGGGCUGAGGAAUGCUCUCGCAGGUGCAGAGAAGGAGAUCUCUAGGCUGAAGAGUGUUCAGAGUGAAACAAAGAUGGAGGUGGAACACGCUGACAUUCUAGAACUCAACACCGUCAUCGGGACGUUGAGGAAGGAGAAGAGGAAUCUACAGGAGAGGCUUGCCAGGGCCGAGGAGAGAGUGGAGUCAGACAGCCUUGAUGGAGGGGAGUCGUCCCCAUCCGCCACAGAGCAGCUAUCAGGGCUGAGGGCAGAGCUGGAGAAGAGCGAGCAGUCGUUGAGCGACAUCCAGGAGGAACGAGAUACCCUCCUCAACGAGCUGGAAGAACUGGACCGACAGAACCAGCAGGCUACACAGCAUGUCAUCUCGGUGAAGGAGCAGCUCUCUGUUCAGCUGAAGGAAUCUGAAGCUGUUGUGGCUCGGCUCCAAUCAGAGCUCAGUACCACCGCCGACCAGAGGGUGGCGCUGCAGCAAGAGCUAAAGGCCCAGCAGGAGAAACUGAGCCACAGUGCCUUCACUCUCAACGAUCUACACAUGGGCAAGCAGCAGCUGGAGGACACCGUUAAGGAACUGAGAGACAAACUUGGACGGGCAACAGAGAUGGGCAAAGAGGCACGCAGGGAGACCCAGGAGUUCCAGAGAACCAUACAGGAGAGGGAGGAGCAGCUGUCUGCUGCCCGGGCAGAGCUGUGUGAGGCUGGGGAGAGAGGGAGAGAAUCCGGCGCGUCCAUAGAGCAGCUGAAGGAGCUCAGGACAGAACUGGCAGAGAUGAGGAGCUCCCAGGAGAAGAUGAUGUCAGAAGACUACGAGAUGAAGAUGGAGAAGCAGAGGCUGAAGACGGAGGCUGAGCAGGCCCAGGGGAGGAUAGAGGAGCUGGCCAGGCAGGUCAGGGAGGUUCAGGCUGCUCUCACCAGGACCGUCCUGGAGAAGGACACUCGUAUCAAGGCUCUGAAGCUGGAGAAGAGCCAGCUGGAAGAGGAACUGGGCCAGGCAGAGAAGGGCCUACAGGAGCAGACCAGGCAGUACCAGCAGACCAUCGAGGAGCUGACCGCUGCUCGCUCCAUGGACGCCUCGGCACUACAGACGGAGCAUGAGCGGACGGUGAGGCUGAAUCAGGAGAAGGAUCUGGAGAUAUCCCAGCUUAAAAGAGACGUGGAGCAGAUGUCCUCCGACCACAGAGACACCAACGAGAUGUUAUCCAUCACCGUGGCCGGACAGAAACAGCUGUCCGACCUCCUCCAGGAGAAGGACUCCUUCACGGAGAGUCUGAGAGCCAACAUGGCCGCCACCCAGAGGGAGCUGGAGGCCGGGGUCCAGGCAGCCACCCAGGAGGCUGAGACCCUGAGAGGAGCUCUGGAGGAGAAGGACAAGCAGCUGGGAGGCAUGAAGGAAGACAACAGCCACCUGAAGGAGGAGAUCGAUCGCCUCAGGGACCAGCAGAGCAGACCCCAGCCCUCCGGCCUGUCCGAGCCACGCACCCUGGACAUCAUCACAGAACUGGAGAAUGAGAUCAGCCAGCUGAAGAGCACCAGAGACGGACUGGAGGAGGAGGGCCACUCCCUGAAGAGGAGAGUGGAGGAGCAGCGAGGUCACCUCCUCUCCUCCCAGCAGUCUCUCCUGGCGCAGCAAAAUGAGUUGGAGCAGGCCCACCAACGCCACGAGCAGAGCAGAGAGAACUACGAUAGGCUGAUCCAAGCCAAGGACGAGGAGAUUGGGCGCCUGCAGCAGGAAGUAGAUCACCUCGGCCACACCCACUCCUCCCAGGAACAGGAAGUGGUCAUCCUCCAACAGGAAGACAAGACCCAGUCGUCCCUGAAUAACGGAGAGAACGACAACGAGAAACAUGACCUGUCAAAGGUGGAGAUAAACCGUCUGGUGAAGGGCAUCAAGGAGAAGGAGACUGAAAUCAGCCAGCUGAAUGAGAAGAACAUAAACCUGACCAGACAGCUGGCCCAACUGGUGGUCUCCAGAGAGGAGAUUGGGAAACUCUCCCAGAUGCUCUUGCAGAAGGACCUGGAGAUCCAGGCACUGCAUGCUCGAGUCUCCCUGGGGGGCCACAGCCAGGACGUGAUGUUCCUCCAGCAGCAACUGCAGGCUUACGCCGUGGAGAGAGAGCAGGUGCUGGCUGUGCUGAAUGAGAAGACGAGGGAGAACAGUCAGCUAAGGGGGGACUACCAGCGCAUCAUGGACAUUGUAGCAGGGAAGGAAGCUGUGCUCCUUAAGGUCCAGCAGGAGAACCAGAGGCUGUCCACCAUGUCUGACCCCUCAGGCAGCCAGGAGAUGUUCAGAGAGACCAUCCAGAACCUGUCCCGGAUCAUCAGAGAGAAGGACAUUGAGAUCGACGCGCUGACCCAGAAGUGCCAGACCCUGGUGUCGGUGCUGCAGGCAGGAGACUCUGGAGGCGUCAGCUCCAACCAGUUUGAAGAGCUGCUGCAGGACAGGGACACAUUGAAACAACAGGUGAAGAAGAUGGAGGAGUGGAAGAUGCAGGUGAUCACCACGGUAAAGAACAUGCAGCAUGAAUCUGGACAGCUGGUAGAGGAGCUCCACAAGCUACAGGGACAGGUGGAUGCAGACAACGACUGCACCUCGACUCUCUCCGUGGACUACAGCCGUCUGAUCCACAGCUAUGAGCAGAAGGAGAGGAAGCUCGGCAGUCUCAGUCACGAACUAGCCCACGUCCAACAGACCAUCAGCCAGCUGAGCAGUACUAAAGAUGUCCUUCUGGGGAAACUGGACAGUGUGGCGCAGAGUCCCCAAGUCACCCCACUGUCUGCUGCCCAGCAUCCUGCUGCAGUGGAACCUCCCAGACACCAGGUGGCAGCACCUGCAACACCAGGGAACCAGGAAGGACUGAGACAGGAGUUGGAGUCUCUGAGAACCCUCCUGUCUGAGAGGGAGACUAUGAUCAGGACCUUGCAAGAGAAUAACCACCGCCUGUGUAACUCAGCCCAGGUGUCAGACAGCGAGCAGCGAGGCCAGGCCGAGGAGGCCAGACAGGUCAGGGAGAGACUGGACGUUCUGCAGCGCUCUGUCAGGGAGAAAGACCUGCUCAUCAAGACUAAAGGAGAUCAACUCACCCAGGUGAGUGAGAGCCUGAGGAACCGUGAGAGCGACAACGAGGUGUUAAAACAGGCUGUGACCAACCUGAAGGAGCGAGCUCUUAUCCUGGAGAUGGAUACCAGGAAGCUGAAGGAUGAGAACGAGGCUGUGGCCCAGCGGAGCCGGGAGAAGGAGUCAGAGUUCAGAGCCCUGCAGGAAACCAACAUGCAGGUGUCCCUCCUCAUGAGGGAGAAGGAGUUUGAGAGGAGCGCCAUGUCGGAGAAGGCUGCCGCCAUGGAGAAGAUGCUCAAGGACAGAGAACAGGGCAACAGCCAGAAGUCUGGAGAGCUCAACCAGCUCCUGAACGAGCUGAGGUCCAUGCAGGAGAAAGCUGUGGCCUUCCAGCAGGAGAGAGACCAGGUCAUGCUGGCUCUCAAACAGAAACAGAUGGAGACGACAGCCGUACAGACAGAGCUGCAGCAUGUGAAGGACAGAGAGCAGCGGUUGAAGUUGGAGCUGGACCGACUACGUAACCACCUGCUGGAGAUAGAGGAGUCCUACACACGGGAGGUCCUCGCCGCGGAGGACAGGGAGGCGGAGUUACGCAAGAGAGUCACACUAUUGGACGACAGACUGGCCACUUCCUCCAGUCAGGUGGAGAGCACCAGCCACCAGGCGUCUCUCCAGGUGGAGUCUCUCCAGGAGCAGCUGAGUGGAACGGUGAGGCAGAGAGACGAGGCCUUGACUCAGCUCAGAGCAGCACGGGACCAGGUCAACCAGUAUGCCGUGUCCCUGUCCAACCUGCAGAUGGUGCUAGAGCAGUUCCAGCAAGAAGAGAAAGCCAUGUAUUCGUCAGAGCUCGAUAAAUACAAGAGAGAGAAGGACGAGUGGAGAAGAAAAGCACUUAAACUGGAGGACAUGGCCUCAGCACUUCAGAUCAACCUCGAUGAGGCUAAUGCUGCUCUGGACUCAGCCUCCAGACUCACUGACCAGCUGGACCUAAAGGAAGAACAGCUAGAAGAGCUCAAAAAACAAGUUGAUGUGAGGCAGGAGAUGUUGGAAGAGUCUCAGGACAAGUUGAUGAACCUGCUGAAUAGCACAGAGGGACAAGUAGACCAGGCUCUGAUGCGGAACCUGUUCAUGGGAUACUUCCACACCCCGAAACCCAAACGCUCCGAGGUGCUGAGGCUCAUGGGUAGUGUCCUGGGACUGGACAAGGAUGAGGUCAACCAGCUGCUGGAGGAGGAGGGAGGCCAUGGUGUCGGCGGCUGGGUGUCCGGCUGGUUGGGAGGCAGAGCUGUACAGAGUGUCCCCAACACACCACAGAGACCUGGAGCAGGACAGGGGGGCUUCAACAACUCGUUCUCUGAGAUGUUUGUAAAGUUCCUGGAGGUGGAGUCUAGGCCGGCGCUCCCUGCCCCCAGACUUCCUGUCUAUGACAUCAAACCUCUCAGUGCCCCGCCUCCUGGGAGGUCCACCAGCUCAGCCUGGGCUCAACAACCAGAAGGAGGGGCGGCAGCCGGCAGGGGACAGAGAGCAGCCGGGGAGUCCAACCCUUUCCUGGCUCCCCGCUCUGCGGCGGUACCGCUGAUGCAUCAUGGAAGCGGUAGUUCCAGUGCUUCGGGAGGACACCACCACCUCCUAAUGAAACCCAUCUCAGACAACCUGCCGACCUUCACCCCCGUGCCCGUCUCCGCUGAGAGCGGCGGGCAGGUGCUCAAAGACUUACUCAAGCAGUGAUUGGAGCCACGGCCUGUCACUCAAAGCUCCUCAUCCAAUCAGGAGGAGCGUAUACACAGACUGAGAUGGAGGAGGACCGUUAUUACUGUGUAGUACUUUCUUCCAAGGGUUCUACUAAAUUCUGCACAGGAUGAGGGUUCUACUAACUUCUGCACAGGAUGAGGGUUCUACUAACUCCUGCACAGGAUGAGGGUUCUACUAAAUUCUGCACAGGAUGAGGGUUCUACUAAAUUCUGCACAGGAUGAGGGUUCUACUAAAUUCUGCACAGGAUGAGGGUUCUACUAACUUCUUUCUACACAGGAUAAUGGUUCUACUAACAUCUACACAGGAUGAUGGUUCUUCUAACCUCCAAACAGCAGGACAUGUCAGGCAGACCCUCUCUGAUUUAACUGUCAGUUUGUUGUCGGGUUGAUAUUUCGUUGACACUAUUAAAGUUAAAGGGGAAAUCUG